AUGUCUUCACCUAUUCCCACCACCCCAUCGGAGGCCACCAAUGGUGCCUCCAUACCUUCCCGCCCAUUGCCUAAGCUCUUCGCAAGUCAAGAUGGCAGCUCUGGCACAGGCACCCCAAUCGGUUUCCAGCGAUUCCCCCACAAUAAGCACCUUGAUCAUGCCGUCGGGGCUGCUCUGCGGCAACCGUCGCCCCAGCCCACUCAUCUAGGUGUGCCGGGUACCCCUCACCGUAUACUCUCGGAGGAAGACCCGGGGUAUAUCGCCGCCACCUUCGAGGGCAAGCAGAAGCAGAUGGAGCAAGUGAUGGAUCAAUUGGAGGAGAAGGGAUUCUUCCCCAGUGACUUCGUCAUCUCCGAAACCACCUGGUUUUAUAACAUGCUGGGUAUCGAUGAUACCUACUUCCAGACCGAGAGCGUCGAUGCCAUCGUGACCCAGAUCCUCUCCCUCUAUGCCGCCAAGGUUGCCGCCUAUGCUCGUGAUGAUAAGCAGCUUGAGAUCCGCUUGGACAAGGAGGCCGAGGACCACGCCGUCUACAUUGAUACCAGCAGGCCUGGUGUCUCUUCAGUGGAUGGUCCCCGUUACGAACAGCGCAUCGAUGAGAAGUACAUCAACACUUCCAAGGGCGCGAACAGCUACCGUGUUGAGACCUUCCGCUCGCCCUCUGCUCUCCCGGGCAACAACGGACAGCAGCUCCGUUGCUACUUCGUGUACAAGUGCCAAUUCGCCAACCCCAACCCCGACCCGAAUGAGACCGACAUUGAAAUCAUUGGUGAGAAGCGCUUCCUGCAGAAGGCCACCCCCAACACCAAAGCGAUCUACCAAGAGAUCAUCACUACCGCCGUCGGCCGCACUGGCCCAGUGAUUGAGAUGUUCGAGAUCGAGGGCAGCCGGGAGAAGCGCCUGGUCAUUGCUUACCGCCAAGGUUCCGCUAUGGGCCUGUUCAGCGCCCUGUCAGAUCUGUAUCACUACUACCGCCUGACUAGCUCGCGCAAGUACCUCGAGCACUUCUCCAACGGGAUCACCAUCGUUUCCCUGUACCUGCGCCCCUCAGAGGGCUCAGAGAUCUCGGCCAAACACCCUCCAAUUGAGGCUGCCAUCCACCAAAUCAUGAAGGAAGUCUCCCUUCUGUACUGUAUCCCCCAGAACCGGUUCCAAGCACACUUUGCCACUGGUCGUCUCAGCUUGCAGGAGACCAUCUACGCUCACUGCGCGUGGGUGUUUGUGCAACAGUUCCUGAACCGUCUCGGCUCAGAAUAUAUCUCUCUGUCCGCUCUCCUAGACACCAACAACAGUGUUCACGCGGAACUGCUCUCCAAGAUCAAGAAGCGUCUGCGCACGGAAACAUUCACUGCGGACUACAUCUUCGAGAUCAUCAACAACUACCCUGAAUUGAUUCACAAGCUCUACUUGGACUUCGCCAACACCCACUACGUACAGACCCAGGGCCCCACUGGAGAUGACUUCCUGCCCACCCUCAGUUAUUUGCGUCUCCAGGUCGACGAGGUGCUGGAUGGAGCCAAGCUGAAGCAGCUGAUCCGAAGCACCACAAUGAACGAGCACGACGAGAUGGUGAUGACUUCCUUCCGUGUCUUCAACUCGUCCAUUCUCAAGACCAACUUCUUUACUCCCACCAAGGUGGCCUUGAGUUUCCGCCUGAAGCCGGACUUCUUGCCGGAGCACGAAUACCCCCAGCCCCUCUACGGCAUGUUCUUGGUCAUUAGCUCAGAGUUCCGCGGUUUCCACUUGCGAUUCCGGGAUAUUGCCCGUGGAGGUAUCCGUAUUGUGAAGAGUCGCAACAAGGAGGCAUACAGCAUCAAUGCUCGCUCGCUGUUCGACGAAAACUACAAUCUGGCCAACACCCAGCAGCGCAAGAACAAGGAUAUUCCCGAGGGCGGUGCCAAGGGUGUCAUUCUCUUGGAUGUGGCUCACCAGGACAAGGCGCGGGUCGCCUUCGAGAAGUACAUUGACAGUGUCUUGGAUCUGUUGUUGCCACCCGUCAGCCCCGGUAUCAAGGACCCCAUCGUGGAUCUGCACGGCAAAGACGAGAUUCUCUUCAUGGGUCCCGAUGAGAACACUGCUGAGCUGGUCGACUGGGCCACCGAGCAUGCUCGUGCCCGUGGUGCUCCUUGGUGGAAGUCCUUUUUCACUGGCAAGAGCCCCAAGCUGGGCGGUAUCCCCCAUGACGCCUACGGCAUGACUACUCUCUCCGUGCGCCAGUACGUUCUCGGAAUCUAUCGCAAGCUUAACAUUGAUCCUUCCACCAUGCUCAAGCUGCAGACCGGUGGUCCCGAUGGUGAUCUCGGCUCCAACGAGAUCCUGCUCUCCAAUGAGAAGUAUGGUGCGAUUGUUGAUGGAUCUGGUGUGAUUGUCGACAUGCAGGGUCUUGACCACCAGGAGCUGAUCCGUCUCGCCAAGAAGCGUGCAAUGAUCUCCGAGUUUGACGUGUCGAAGCUCUCCCCCGUUGGUUACCGGGUUCUGGUGGACGAGAAGAACGUCAAGCUCCCCAGCGGCGAGGUUGUGCACAACGGUAUGAACUUCCGCAACACCUUCCACCUGCGUCAGGAGGAGAAGUUCGACGUCUUCGUGCCUUGCGGUGGCCGCCCCGAGUCUAUCGAUUUGUCGACUGUCGGCAACCUUAUCCAGGACAACAAGUGCAUUAUUCCUUACAUCGUCGAGGGUGCCAACCUGUUCAUCACCCAGGACAGCAAGCUGCGCCUGGAGAAGGCCAACUGUAUUCUGUUCAAGGAUGCCUCUGCCAACAAGGGUGGUGUGACUUCCUCGUCCCUGGAGGUUCUUGCCUCUCUGUCGUUCAACGACCCCGAGUUCGUCGCCAACAUGUGUGUGGGCGAGGACGGUACCGUCCCCGAGUUCUACCAGGCCUACGUCAAGCAGGUGCAGGAGAUCAUCAAGGACAACGCCAACCUCGAGUUCGAGGCUAUAUGGCGCGAGCACGAGCAGACCGGUGUGCUGCGCAGCGUCUUGAGUGAUCGUCUCAGCUUGGCCAUCACCAAGCUUGAUGAGGAACUCCAGCAGACCGAACUUUGGGACAACGUUGCCCUUCGUCAAUCAGUUCUAGGUGACGCCUUGCCUCGCCUGCUGCUGGACAAGAUUGGUCUUGAGACCAUCUUAGAACGCGUUCCCGAAAACUACCUCCGUGCUAUUUUCGGUAGCUACCUGGCUAGCCGAUUCGUGUACGAGUAUGGCAACCACCCGAGCCAGUUCUCCUUCUUUGAUUUCAUGACCAAGCGUUUGCAAAAGAUCCAGUCGUAG